AUCGAUAUGAAAUUUGUGGAUGCAGCCAUUCGGUUAAUCGUGGACGGUGGCUGUGUAUAUUCCCUACACAAAACUGCGACAAGAGAUUUUAUACUGAAGAAUGCAUCAAGGAAAAAAGGUAUUGAAUGUGAAUGUAUCGCUGAAUUAACAUGGGAUUUACCAGCAACAUAUAGGCAUCACCGUAAGGCAUCUUUAGAUAUUGCUGUUGAUUUAAUUCGUUAUACGAAAUCGCCAUGA